AUGUUGCGUGUGUUUCUCUCCCUCGUAGGUGUGGUGUCAGCACAGCGGCAGGUCACCGUUCAGGAAGGACCCUUGUACCGCACGGAGGGCUCCCACAUCACUAUCUGGUGCAAUGUGAGUGGCUACCAGGGACCUUCUGAGCAGAAUUUCCAGUGGUCCAUUUACCUGCCUUCGUCGCCAGAGCGAGAGGUGCAGAUCGUCAGCACCAUGGACUCUUCCUUCCCCUAUGCCAUCUACACCCAGCGCAUCCGCGAAGGGAAGAUCUUCAUAGAAAGAGUCCAGGGGAACCCAACCCUAUUGCACAUCACAGAUCUUCAGGCCCGGGAUGCCGGAGAAUAUGAAUGCCACACACCCAGCACCGAUAAGCAAUACUUUGGGAUUUACAGUGCAAAGAUGAACCUAGUGGUGAUCCCAGACUCCCUGCAGACCACUGCCAUGCCCCAGACUCUGCACAGAGUGGAGCAGGACCCACUGGAGCUCACUUGUGAGGUGGCCUCGGAGACCGUUCAGCACAGCCACCUGUCUGUGGCCUGGCUCUGGCAGAAAGUUGGCGAGAAGCCCGUGGAGGUCAUCUCCCUGAGCCGAGAUUUCAUGCUUCACUCCGGCAGCGAAUAUGCCCAGAGGCAGAGCCUGGGGGAGGUGCUGCUGGACAAGCUGGGGAGGACCACCUUCCACCUCACCAUCUUCCACCUGCAGCCUUCUGACCAGGGCGAGUUCUACUGCGAGGCCGCCGAGUGGAUCCAGGAUCCGGAUGGGUCAUGGUAUGCUAUGACCCGAAAGCGUUCCGAGGGAGCCGUGGUCAACGUCCAGCCAACUGAAACAGAGAAGUUUCUCUGGCUGGAAACAGAGAAGCGGCUGCACACGGUGGGCGAGCCGGUGGAGUUCAGAUGUAUCCUGGAGGCUCAGAAUGUUCCCGACCGUUACUUUGCUGUCUCCUGGGCCUUCAACAGCUCGCUCAUCGCCACCAUAGGCCCUAACGCUGUGCCUGUCCUCAACAGCGAAUUUGCUCACCGGGAAGCCAGGGGACAGCUUAACGUGGCCAAAGAGAGCGACAGCGUCUUUGUGCUGAAGAUCUACCACCUCCGCCAGGAAGAUAGAGGGAAAUACAACUGCUGGGUGACUGAGCGAGAGAAAACCGUGACGGGGGAAUUCAUUGAUAAGGAGAGCAAGCGUCCCAAGAACAUCCCCAUCAUAGUCCUCCCCCUCGAGAGCAGCAUCUCCGUGGAGGUGGCCAGAAAUGCCAGCGUCAUCCUUGAGGGCAAGGACCUGCGCUUCUCCUGCAGCGUCCGCAUGGCAGGCAGGCUGCAGGGUCGCUUCUCUGUCAUCUGGCAGCUUGUGGACAGGCAGAACCGCCGCAGCAAUAUCAUGUGGCUAGACCGGGAUGGCACCGUGCAGCCAGGCUCGUCCUACUGGGAGCGCAGCAGCUUUGGGAGCGUCCAGAUGGAGCAGGUGCAGCCCAACUCAUUCAGCCUGGGCAUCUUCAACAGCAGGAAGGAGGACAAGGGCCAGUAUGAAUGCCAUGUGACUGAAUGGGUGCGGGUGGUGGAUGGCGAGUGGCAGAUUGUUGGGGAGCGCCGGGCCAGCACUCCCAUCUCCAUCAUAGCUCUUGAAAUGGGCUUCGCAGUCACAGCCAUCUCCCGGGCACCGGGGGUGACCUACAGCGACUCCUUUGACUUGCAGUGUAUCAUCAAACCCCACUACCCUGCCCAGGUCCCCGUGUCAGUGACAUGGUGGUUCCAGCCGGUGGGCACGGUGGAGUUCCAUGACUUGGUGACCUUCACCCGGGACGGAGGGGUCCAGUGGGGGAACAGGUCCUCCAGCUUCCAAACCCGAACUGCCACCGAGAAGGCUGAGCCCAGCAACAACGUCCGCCUAAGCAUCAGCCGAGCCAGUGACACGGAAGCAGGCAAGUACCAGUGUGUGGCAGAGCUGUGGCGGAAGAACUACAACAACACCUGGACACAACUGGCAGAGAGGACCUCCAGCCUGCUGGUGAUCAGGCUGCUGCAGCCAGUGACAAAGCUGCAGGUGAGCAAAUCGAAGAGGACCCUCACCCUGGUGGAAAACAAGCCCAUUCAGCUGAACUGCUCAGUCAAGUCUCAGACCAGCCAGAACUCCCACUUUGCGGUGCUCUGGUACGUCCACAAGCCCUCAGAUGCCAACGGCAAGCUUAUCCUGAAGACUACCCACAACUCCGCCUUCGAAUACGGUACUUACGCGGAGGAGGAGGGCCUGAGAGCCAGGCUCCAGUUUGAGAGGCAUGUGUCGGGGGGCCUGUUCAGCCUCACCUUCCAGAGAGCCAAGGUCAGCGACAGCGGCAGCUACUACUGCCACUUGGAGGAGUGGCUGCUGAGCCCCAACUACGCCUGGUACAAGCUGGCAGAGGAGGUUUCUGGGCGCACAGAAGUCACUGUGAAACAGCCAGCGGGUGCAGCCCAGAACUGUCUUCUGAGGAAGAGGUGCUCUCCUGGGCCCCCACUGUCCCCAGGCCUCAGCAGCAAGGCAAGUGAGGUGCUGCCGUCAUCCAGGCUGGACAGUUCAGUGAUUUGCCUGAGGCCCCACAGCAGGAGAACGAGAAGGCUGCCUGAUCAGAGAGUCUCUGAAGAAGAUCCUGUGGCUGCAGGCUUCAGCAGAGUGUGA